UGCAUUCUUGUAGUUUAUGUGUGCGGAAUCGCUCUGUGUGAAUUCAUUUAAAUUAAUUUCUACGUAAAAAUGAACAUCCGUACUUUCAUCUUACUAAAAGUUACAAAUCUCCACUGCAACGAAGCCAACUGAUUCAGUAAUUCACUUAUGGGGAAAAAAUAGCAAAAAUUCAUGCUUCUUAAAUAUCGUACCUUCGAUUCAACGCGAUCCAUGCUCGAUUCUCGAGCGACAAUUUCCGCGAUCGCGUCUGACAUUACCCGUCGGUAAGCACGAGCGAUCGCAAUACCGACCCAGGCAUGUGCAACGGCGCGCAUGCGUCCUGUAUGCUCGCGGAAUGUGCUGCUGCUUUUUUUUCUCUCCAAACAAACGCGACGGCGAAUAUUCAUGUUUUCGUUGGAGGAACGCCACGGGAUAUCGUAGUAACGCGCGUCUUUCGCCGGGCCGUUGAGCGAGCAGUCGUCGCGCUCGAUCGACACCGUCGUAAUCGAUCAGCGCUCGUCGGAGUAACAAGCUGUCUCCCGUCACAUUCCGCCGUUCGGUCGGUGAUUUCCCGUCGACGAACGAGCGAGCGAAAGAAGGAAGGAACGAACGAAGCAAACAGCGAGAGGAACACAACAUGUCCGCUGUCCAGGUUGGCGUCAGCCGCCGAGUUCUUUUGUUUAAAAACGGCACGACGCGAUGAUACGCGCGCGAUCGUCGCGGCGUCCGGCGUCAGUGUGACGAGGGAACACGAUGCGUCGCGCGGUGGCGGCGUACGAUCUCGCGCGUACGGUCAUCGUCUCGCACGUGCAUUGAACGAUGACGGAGCCGGAACUCUGCCGGCUAUGCGCCGAGACCAAGGAGAAUCUUAUCGGGAUCUACGACGCCGAGGGCCAAAGGCUCGCGAUCGAGGCCAAGAUCGCCAAGUGCCUGCAAAUACAGGUUCUAAUAACGGAUGGUUUGCCGCUCACUGUUUGCAUAGACUGCUGUGUUUUGUUGAAUCAAUGCAGUGAUUUCUUCGAGAAGACCAAUCAAGCUCAGGUGUCGCUGAGACAACUGCUGAUCGAGGCAAAGUCCGAUUCGCAACCCAUAGAACCAAAUAUAGAUUACGUGGAGGAGACGGUGGAGUUCCCGAAGAAUGAGGUCAAUAACAGGGAAGAGAUAGUCGCGUGUCAGUUGCCCGGCAAUUUCAUUAAUGAGACGGUCAACACCUCAGAUGCUUCUUACUUCAUUGAGGAAUAUAAGGACGAAAAUUUCCAAAAGGUGUCGCAGGAGACGCAGGACAGCGCGAAACAGAAAAAGUGUAAGAUACAGAUAAAGAAGAGCUCCCCCAAACAAACGAAGAAAAAGUUGAAGAAGAAGAACCAAAUGCAAAAGAUGGAGGAAACUGAGCAUCACAUAUCCUCCAGGAUGGGGAAGAAACAGAGUGAUGGAACUGUGAAAAAUAAUUUGAAGAUUGUAGAUAAUUAUAUACCUGAUGCAGAAUCAAAAUUAGAAGUUAUAGAGACGCGGACAGUGGAGAGCGCGAAGCAAAAGAAAAAAACGGAAGGUUUAGAAAGAUAUCCUUGGCUGUGCACAGAUUGCGAUGACAAAUUGCCGAGCUUAGAAGCGUUAGAGGAGCACCACGAAACGGUGCAUAAUCAACAAGCCAAGUACAUGUGUGUGCAGUGUUGUAAAGUCUACGAUAAGUAUUAUGGGUUUCUCACUCAUGUCAAGAGGCACAAGAAUAAAGCAAAGUUUAGCUGCGAAGAUUGCGGGAAGUCGUUUGUACAUAAAAAGGUGUUGGACUCCCACAAGACGAUCCACAGCGAGGAACGGCCGUUCGUGUGCCAAACCUGCGGCAAAGCUUUCAGGCAACAAAGCGCCCUUUAUAUCCACAAUCGAUGCCAUCUACCUGACACCGUGAAGAACAGAUACCCGUGCGAUCAGUGUGAUAAGAGGUUCUCCACGAAACCGAAUCUCGUUACGCAUAAACGUAUUCAUUCCGGCGUCCGGAACUUCACGUGCGAUCAGUGCGGCAAGAGUUUCAUACAGAAAGGCAACCUGGAAGCGCAUUUCUUGACUCACUCGGCGGACAAGCCGUUCAGUUGCACCCAGUGCCCGAAAGCUUUCAAAACGCAGCUGCAAUUGAAAAAGCACGCGACAGUCCACACCGGCGCCAAGCCGCAUCAGUGUGCCGUUUGCGGGAGAACUUUCCGGGAAAAAGGGACUUUGAGGGAGCAUCACAGGAUUCAUACCGGCGCGAUGCCGUUCACUUGCGAGUUUUGCGGGAAGUGUUUUCGCUUCAAAGGGAUAUUGACUACGCACAGGCGACAACACACCGGAGAGCGUCCGUACAGCUGUUUAGAGUGUCAACAUCACUUCACGAAUUGGCCCAACUACAACAAGCACAUGAAGCGUCGACAUGGAAUUAAUACCUCUCACACUAAGCAUCUGGUUAACAAUCAGCAGCAAUUGCAACAGCCGACAACAGACCAAACGCAACCACCUCAGAUACAGCAGCCUCCCGCAGAGGGCUCGCUCUCUGUACCUCAAGCAGAAUCAACCACAGUACAAGUGAUACAAGCAGUUCCUCACGCCUCGGCGUCGCAGCCGAUAGUCAUCCAAGCUAUUCCAACGACCACCAUUCAAACUUUUCCAACUGAUGUCACUGGUACCGUUCAGGAAGCAGUGUUUAGGAACCGAAAUACGUAUUUCAAUACAAUACCAAGCGCACUGCAAAACUUUCUGCCAACGAACAUACAGUAUAAUUUAUAUAGUAUUUCCAAUGUCACAGAAAAUGAUUUAAUUCAGCAUAGAUAAAAUUGUUUACUCGAGCUGAACUUAUGUAAAGACAACUAUGUCUUUGUGCUGAUUAGUAAAGACCAGAAGGACCGGAAAUUAUUCGUGCUAUUCGUACGUGUUAAUGAGAUAAAAAUACAGAGAUUCGGUGGAGAAAAGUUUUAUUUGCUGAACCGGAAAAGAGCAGGAGUCAUAAUAAUGAAAUAAAUGUCUGUUUAUCAUAUUUAGCCAAUUAUUUCGUUGAAUUUUAAUCUUUCGUCUAACGUAAUAAAGUUGUAAAUAUCCUGUUCAACUCUGGAGGGAAGAAAAUUGGCACAAAAACAUAGGCACUAGAAAACAUAGGAUACAAAUAUAUCGAUUUAUUGUAUAGAACAAAGCCAUAAGAAAAUUAAGUAUAUAAAUAAGCAUAUAUUACGUUUUAUAUCCAUCAUUAUUAGUAAUAUUAUAUCUGAAUUGUACAUACAUAUAUACUUGUUUAGCUACAUUUAUUACGAAAUAUAUUUC